AUGACUGAACAUAUAGAUAUAACAUUGGUUGAAAAUAAUCUUCGACAUCGUUUUGAAUAUUUAUCAAAAUUUAUCAAUUUUACAGGAGAUGAUAUAGCUAUACUUAAUGCUGUAGGAACACUCGCUGCUUCUCUUAUUCCAAUAAUACGUCAUUUUGGAUUUACCGAUAGUGUAACUGUUAAUAAAUUUGAAUUAACAUUAGAAUCUGAACAAAUGGUUUUUCAUCGAAAAAUUCUUUGUAAAUAUUUAACAAGAAUUUUAAGACAAAAAUUUUGGAAUGAUGCAUUUCUGGAAUACUUAGCUGAUGUUGGAAAUAUUCAUACAAAAAUAGCUGGUUCACAUUCAAUCGAUAUUAAUUACAUUCAUAUAAUUAUAUUAUUUACUUAUGUUGAACAUAUUCUUCUUGAUACUGUUUUAUCGAAUCAACAAAUCGAUAAAUAA